AUGGUCCAGCAAGCUGUACAGGGAGGAGCUCCAGCUGCUUACGCCCAAGAAAUGGAGAGGCUAACCGCUAAAGAAUCCCUUCUUCUUGCUAUGAGUCGCCAUUCUUGGAGGGUCGGUGGGAUUUUUUUCAGGGCUGAUGUCUUCCACGCAGUAGUUGAGCCUUAUGUUGACUGGUUCAAAUGGGAUGGUGCUAAACAUCCCCUUUCAAAUGCACCUGAACCCAAGAGAUGCUUCACUCGUUCAAAGAGCGAAGAUAAAAUGGUUGUUCGCUAUUGUCGGGCUAUUCGUAAGGGGUUGAUUAAAUUUGAUGAGCCUAAAGAAGAACCAUCUGUCUACCUCUUGAGGGGAGAUGAAUCCAACUCUAACGAAAAGUCUGGGCAUUUAGCUUAUAUUCCUGCGCCGAAGCCGAAAUUGCCAGGUACAACUGAUCACCUGUUUUCUGGAAUGAAAAUCAACAUAGGAUUUAGCCCUUUUUUUCAUAAUUUUCUUUAUUAAAUUUUUG